GCCCCCGUGUGGCCGUGGGCCGCUCUGCUCCCAGGGGCGGCGGAAGCGGCUUGGGCUUCUGGGCGCGCGGAUAUGGCGGAGGCUGUGCGGGAGGAGCUCUCAGCGUUGGCCGCAAUUUUCUGCGGGCCCCGCGAGUGGGAGAUGUUGAGCUGUUCAGAGACAGAUGGGGCUGUACUGAAAAUUCACACGACAGCUGAAGGACUUGUGGGUGAGGCCGUGCCCUUAGAGCUGGUGUUCCAUUUACCAGCCGGCUACCCUUCGUGUCUACCCGGGGUCUCGGUCAACUCGGAACAGCUGACCAGGGCCCAGUGUCUUACGGUGAAGGAAAAGUUACUCGACGAAGCCGGGAAGCUUUUGUCAGAACCUAUGGUCCACGAGCUGGUUCUUUGGGUUCAGCAGAAUCUGAGGCUCGUCCUCAGCCGGCCAGAGACUGCAGGCAGCAGUGCGAAGUGUACUUUGCCAGAAAGCACGGCCGGGGAUGACGGAUUGUGGAUAACUCUUUUGCAUUUAGAUCACAUGAGAGCAAGGACUAAAUAUGUCAAAGCUGUGGAGAAGUGGGCUUCCGAGUUAAGGCUGACAGGAAGACUGAUGUUCAUGGGUAAAAUAAUACUGAUUUUACUACAAGGAGACAGAAGCAACAUCAAGGAGUACCUGGUUCUUCAGAAAACCUCCAAAGUAGAUGUGGACUCAAGUGGAAAGAAAUGCAAAGAGAAAAUGAUUAGUGUACUGUCUGAGACAAAAGUACAAACGGAACACAAAAGGUUUCUGGCGUUUGAAGUCAAAGAGUAUUCAACAUUGGAGGAGUUACAAAAGGAAUUUGAAACUGCGGGACUUCGGGAGCUCUUCUCAGAAUGUGUACUCGGGCUGGUAAAAUGAAGUGAAUGACGGGGACCAUGGGUAAAACAGCCGCUCCGUGGCUGACUUCCUGAUGCCUUUGGGGAGGGGCUCGUUGAAGUAGUCACAAGAGAGCAAUCUAAAGUUUCUCUGAAGCAAAAUCAUUCUCAUUUCAGGAAGAAAGCGAGUUCUGUUUUAUGGAAUAUUAAACAUGAAAAGACCCCAUAUAUUCUAAUGUUUGCCAGAAAAGACUAGGUUCAAUAGAUGGGAUUAUCUGAAGGAGAAAUAAACAAACCCACAACGGUAAAUGAGCUGUUGUUUUUCUAUAGACGGUUUGUUUAGAAGUCUGCAAUUUUCAGGCUAAUUUUCUUGUAAUUAAAUGAUUUCUUAAAGUGAUUUGUUUUCAUGUUUACUUUCUCGUGUUUACAUUUUUGGCAUUUAAUCACAAUUCCUCCCCAUUCAGCCUAUUAUGUGUAAUGUUUUACGUUGAAUGUUGAGAAAAGUCUAACACUAAUUUUCUUGGUGCAGUUGCAUAAAUCUUUGGAUUAAAUACAAAGCUAAGAAGUUUUACAGAACACAAGUUGCUGUUUAGGGUUCCAGGAUGACAUUCUAUUCCUAGCUCUAAGACUACAUAAUAUGUUUACAUUACAAUGUUUAAAUUAAAAUUCCUAUUUGAAAAAAAAAAAUUCUGUUUUUACCAGGGAAGUGUAUCCAACAAAGUGAACCUUGUUUGCUGGCUAGGAAAAAAAAAACUCCGGAAGCUAUACAGUUUUCAUUGUGAAAUCUUUCAAAGAAUGAUAAAUAUACUUAUUAUGUUCAAAGGGAGAUAAACUUGCAAAAUAAUUAUCUUUAUUAAAAUUUAUGAUGAAAAGUAA